AUGACGAGUUCAGGAAAAGAAAGCUCUCGACUGAAGAGCUACAAGAAUAACUCCUUGAAUACUGACGAGAUGCGACGGCGAAGGGAGGAGGAGGGGCUUCAGCUGCGCAAACAGAAAAGAGAAGAGCAGGUGGGUCAUAGUGCUCCAUGCAUGGUUCUAUAACACAUUUUCAUGACUGUUUGGAAAACACAUGGUAAACUUGUAAGUAUUUUCUUUUUAAUGUUUUGCUCACAUUUUGUAUGUCCUCCACAUCAGCUGUUCAAGCGCAGAAAUGUCGCCAGCGCAGAAGAAGGAGCUGAAGAAGAAGGCAUGGCCGACGGAAACUGCCAUGAAGCACAGAUUAACAACAUGGAGAUGGCUUCUGUAAGUAAAAUGCUAAGUAAACAUUAAAGGAACACUAUAGCAAUAGGAAUACAAACUUUUUUCCCUAACAAUUAAGAGCUCCUGUCUCUGGUUCAGGUACCCCCCUCCUUUCCCAUAAAAAUGAAUAAAAUAAAGCUCACCUCUUCACUUCAGUGAUGUCAUUGAGGGGACAUGGUGUCUUCAGGUGAUGGUCAAUCCAGUGCUACUCGUACAGGAGAAUUGGCGAUCUAAUGUGCAUGUGUGCAUGCAUCCAAGCUACCCCCACAGGAAAGCAUUGUAUUCCUUUUGGAUACCAUGUCACGUGACUGUGUUUUACUGUCAGGAAGACAUCCUCUAGAGGUGUUUUACAUUGCAGGGUUAAAAUGUCGGGGCCACUGCAUCCAGACCAUUUCAUUCCGAUGAAGUGAUCUGUAUGACUUUAGUGUCGCUUUUAAGAAGAGUCACUUUAAAAUAAUUUUAUUGCAGAAUGGUUGCUUAAUGUCCAUUUUCUCUUUGCUGUAACAUAUCCCCUAGCGGCUAAUCUGGGUUUAGUAAACAGUCAAAACAUCUUCUUAACAGCACACUGCAUUAGUUAUGGUGCCAGUAGUUUGGUAACAGUUCGACUUCUUACCGGGGUCCCCUGAAUGCUGCUGCUCCCUGCCUUCUCUCUAGCUGGAAGUUCUCAGCUCUGAGCUAAGCCCAGCUGAGGCUGAGGUGACUGUGGUCCUUUAAAUCUUGAACCCUACUGUCAUUGUAGAUACAUUGUGAUGGAGUGAACCUGUGAUACCCUGGUAAAGCUUGUAUGUCUUGUGUUGUGAAUUAAAUCCUAUACUUCCUGGUUAACACAUUGAAUGAGCUGAAGCCGUGUGCAGGAGCCGCGCAAAUAUUAACUUGUUCAUCGUCUGUUGUUUUUCCUCGCUCAGAGUGGGGUGAUCACAGCUGACAUGAUUGACAUGAUCUUCUCCAAUAACCCUGAACAGCAGCUCGCAGCCACCCAGAAAUUCAGAAAACUCCUUUCAAAAGGUAAAUCCCGCUAAACGCUAUGUUAAAUCACGUCUUUCUGUCUGUCCAGGGGGGCGAACAUGGUCUAUAUUUUAAUAGUUUUAGUUUAUGUUCCUGGGGUUUACUAGACAAAAAAAAGUUGUUGUUUUUUCUUCUGUGGUUUAUUUUAUUUAUUUAUAUUUUAUAGAAUUUCCCUUUCUUGCGUUCAGAUUGUAUUUGAUGUACAGUGUGUUUUGUUAUUGGGGUUCAGAAGUAAGAAAUCAUGCAUUCAUAGGUUACAAUAAACACAAUUUAUAGGAACUUGUAGUCGAUACAGUUUUUCAUAACUAUGGAAGCAAAAUAUUUCAACAAAGCCAUCACCUAAGGCUGAAUAUUAAAGAUAUUAAAGGAACACUCCAUAAGCCAUAACCAAUUCAGUAUUUAUGGUGUCUGGAGUCCUCUGGCACCAUUGUACCAUUUUGAAAUGGUUUAACACUGCAAACUGUCCUCAGGCGCCGGCCUGCUGCUUCUCCUCCUGUGUUCGGGAUCGUACAGAAGCAUUAAUUCGCGCAGCGAAGGGGCCGCAUUGAUGGGCAGCCAGUAAUAGAUUGAGAACGUUAAUGGUUUAACACUGAAAGGUAAGAUGGAGCUAGGGGAUUCCAGGCACCAUAACCACUUAAUUGAAAUUAAGUGGUUAUGGUGCGCAGAAUGUCAGUAAGACUAGAAGCCCAAGGUAGGUUGAUGAAUAUUACCCUAACUGUGGGUUAAGGUGGGGAAACCGGGCCAUUCAAACUAGGUGCGGUUGAGUUUACGUCCAUAUCUAAUGUAAAUAUAACUACACUAUGAGUAAAGUGAGAGAAAUGGAUGGAGACUCAGAAGCAGAGAUCUAUGGAUAGAUGUAGACUGACCGUUGAGGAAAUGCUGUUCAGCUCACUCCAGCACACAGUACUCCUGAGCGUGAUGUCUGCACUGCUUACCGCUGUGUUCUCAGAUUGGCAUCUGAUGGUAACGGGAUUACAAGAUGUAAUGUUGGGCAGGAAGGUUAGUUGAUACUGGUCCCCUGGAUUGCUUGGGCCAUAAACUGCUUCCUUUUUUUCCAUUGUGAUAAAAAUGACCUUGAUCAUAUCAGGGAAAGCAGACCUUCCACGGAAUCCUAUGUAAUGAUUGACAAUGAUGGCCCGUUUAAAGAACAUAAGACUAUAAUAUAAUGUUCACUAUAAAUUACUGCAGCCUCUCCACACAGUGAUUAAACUUGCAGCCCUGUUUGUGUGAUUUUUAUGUUUCGGUAUUAAUAAUAGUCCUUGCUGUUUGUGUUCUAAGGAGAUGGUAGUUUAACCACAAAGUGUCUGUUGCGCUGUGUCCGUUUAAUAAGAUUUUGCCCUUUCUGGUUAUUGAUUACACAUAGAUUGGUGCCAGAAGACAGGAUCCCAGUGUGGCCAUAAGCGCGUAAUGAAAAGGUUAAUAAAUUACCUUUUUAUUUUAUUUUUUUCCCCCAGAACCUAAUCCUCCCAUUGAUGAAGUAAUCGGAACUCCAGGGGUGGUGGCCAGAUUUGUGGAGUUUUUGAAGAGAAAAGAGAACUGUACUCUGCAGGUAAACUGCAAAUUAUUUUAAAAAGGCAGGAGUAUUAACCUUUCUCUGUGUUUUCACUUCCAAAAUGUGGAGAACUCUGAUGUCCGUGUCUGUAUAGCACAAUGAGGAGGAAUUGGAUGAUUAAAGGAACACUCAAAGCACCAUAACUACGGGGAGAAGGAAAGAGUAGCUCUCAUCAGCUUGCUCUGCCCUCUGUUCAUGUUCCUAAUGAGGGAUAAUGAAACACCCUUACCUGUCCAGGAUGACAUGGCAGCCCUUUCAAUUGACACAUCCACUCAGAUAUACAUUGGCAGCCAGAUAUAAUUAAGUUUGUAUUGUAUAGUUUGUGGUUUACUUUUUUAAACAGUAAAUUUAUGCAUAGCCAGAUAUAAAUGGAAUUUAUGUCGCCCUGUAACUUUUUAAGCUUGGAUUGAAAUUAGUGAGACGUGAGUGUUCGUCUAACAGGAUAAUCAGAGCCGUGGAAAGGUGGCAGCUAAUCUGCAUUUUAACACCCACAGUUGUUGUAGAUAAUUUACUGCAAACCAAUUAGUUUGAAUGACUAUCUGUUCCUGUCCAAAUUAAAGAUAAUAAAGUUGCGUGCACGCAGAAGUAAAUUCACACUGAGACACAAAGUUCAGGUUAAUGAAAGAACUCCGGAGAAGUUUAAUGGCUUCUGACAGAAAAUGGGUGCGCAGACCCGUAUAAAGGCAUUAUUACAUCACUGAAGAAUUCAAGAUAACAGCAAAUAGACACUAUUGAUUGGUCCAGGUGUUAAGUGGUUAGUUAGAUACCCUCCUAUCAAGAGGUGAUGUCAUCCUUGACACGGGAGUGGACACAAGAUGUAGGCGCCAUCUUAUUAGCACGAGGUGUUCACUCGAUGGGGGGGGGGGUGCUUUGGCAGCCGUUUUGAGUAGUUAGUAUUGUUAGCUUCAAGGUUCUUUUAGUAAAUACACAUUUUAUUAUUCAGCACAUUUCUUCCUGACAAAGCAUUAGCUUAGAUAAUUUCAAGAAUUCUAUAAUUCUACAACACAGUUAUUGGAGGGUUCGCUCUGUGAAAUUGAUUUAUUUGUCUGCCGCUUAACACCUGCCACGCACAUCCUUGCCUGACUAACCCAUGUCAUUACUGGUCGCAGAAUGAAACCAGGUUGUGUGAUGGGUUUAGUAGAACCGUGCUGGGUAACUCUCUAGGAACAGACUGUGACUCAUGUUUACCAGCACUUUGUUUUAAAUGAUCAUCUUAAUAAUGUACUAAUGAAACAUGUGCCCCCUCUCUACAGUUUGAGGCAGCGUGGGUGUUAACGAACAUCGCCUCUGGAAACUCUCUGCAAACCCGAAUUGUGAUACAGGCAGGAGCUGUGCCUAUCUUCAUAGAACUACUGAGCUCCGAGUUUGAAGAUGUGCAAGAGCAGGUAUUAACACCGCCACAUAGCCUCACACAUAUAAUGCCUGUUAUACCUGCUGAUCUCCCCUAUAUGAAUCUUUUAGGAUCAUCCAAUGUCACACUGACAGCCCUCAUCCUUUAUCUAUACCACCUACCGCUCUUAUAUAUUCCCAAAUGUGGUUUAGUCACGAUCUGUUAAAAUGACCGACAGUUUGAAUCAGCUGUGGUUAAAAAAAGGUCUGUUACAGUAACACGGCUAGAAUGCGCUGUGGUUUAGUAAAACUAUUACAGUAAGAAUAAGCUAUGGUUUAGUAAAGGCCUGUUACAGUGAUAGACCAUUAGAAUAGGCGGUGGUUUAGUAAAGGCCUUUUACAGUGACAGACUAUUAGAAUAGGCAGUGGUUUAGUAAAGGCCUGUUACAGUGACAGACCAUUAGAAUAGGCAGUGGUUUAGUAAAGGCCUGUUACGGUUAUAGACCAUUAGAAUAGGCAGUGGUUUAGUAAAGGCCUGUUACAGUGAUAGACCGUUGGAAUAGGCAGUGGUUUAGUGAAGGCCUGUUAUUGUGACCGUUCGAAUAGGCAGUGGUUUAGUAAAGGCCUGUUAUCGUGAUAGACCAGUGGAAUAGGCAGUGGUUUAGUAAAGGCCUGUUAUAGUUGGAAUAGGUAGCGGUGUAGUAAAGAUACAAAAAGAUAUGGAAGGGCUGCGCCAAAUAAGGGUAGAUAGUCCAGUAAAGUAUUACUAGGGUGCCAAUAGAUGGUCUAGGAUACUUGAUAGAGUUCCUCUGUGGAUGCGUCUGGUGUAGACCGUUCCGUAUAUGUAAAUACAAGAGAGGUAGAGGCGACUAAUGGUAUAGUAUGAAAGUUCAGGGUGUGAUAGGUAACAAAAAGUAAAGAACUCACAUUCAGGAGAGCUAUGGCCAGCUCUGGUGUGGAUUGCGUACAGCGGUAUAAUCCCCGCUUAUGGGAUAUGUAGGGAGGGGUCUCCGUCAGCACCGUCUGGUAGUCCAGAGCUCGAAAAAGAAAGACAGAAAGCAACAAUAGUGCUCUCAAUUUUGAUGUGGUUCAAUGUGCAGAUAAGAGGAGGUAAAAAACUCACAUUUGAGGGAGCUAUGGCCAGCUCUGGUGUGGAUAGCGUACAGCGGUAUAAUCCCCGCUUAUAGGAUAUGUAGCGGCGAUACGUCCGUCAGCACCGUCUGGUGAUCCAAGGCUCCAAUAUAGAAGAAUAAAAAGCAGCAAUAGUGCUCUCAAUUGUGAUAGGUUAAGAGAGUAGUAGAGAAAAUAAAAUAAUACUCACAAAGAUAGAGCAGAGGUACUGCUCUAUGGAUAGGCGCCGGUGGUAUGAUCCCCACCUAGGAUUUCUUGGAGUACUGGAACUUUAAAAUUGCCAAUGGAAGUAAAAGUAACCAGGAAAGGUUAAAAUGCCAGGAAUAGGUAAAAACAAAAGUUGUUUAAAGUGCAUAAAGAGUGCAAUAAAAAGAGGAUUGGUACAAUAAAGUAGCCAAAAAACUUUUAUUGAUCUAAAAUACACAGUAAAAUACAGAAUUAAUAACCAUAAACGCGUUUCACCAUAAGUGGCUUCUUCAGAAUGGGAUAGGCCUGUUACAGUUAUAGACCAUUAGAAUAGGUUGUGGUUUAGUAAAGGCCUGUUACAGUUAUAGACCAUUAGAAUAGGCUGUGGUUUAGUAAAGGUCUAUUACACUGAUAGACCGUUGGAAUAGGCUGUGGUUUAGUAAAGGCCUGUUACCGUCUCAGACCCGUAGAAUAGGCUGUGGUUUAGUAAAGGCCUGUUACAGUGACAGACCGUUGGAAUAGGCAGUGGUUUAGUAAAGGCCUGUUACAGUGACAGACCAUUAGAAUAGGUUGUGGUUUAGUAAAGGCCUGUUACAGUGACAGACCAUUAGAAUAGGUUGUGGUUUAGUAAAGGCCUGUUACAGUGACAGACCAUUAGAAUAGGUUGUGGUUUAGUAAAGGCCUGUUACAGUUGGAAUAGGCUGUGGUUUAGUGAAGGUCUGUUACAGUGACAGACCGUUAGAAUAGGCAGUGGUUUAGUAAAGGCCUAUUACAGUUAGACUGUUAGAAUAGGCUGUGGUUUAGUAAAAGUCUGUUACAGUGAUAGACCGUUGGAAUAGGCUGUGGUUUAGUAAAAGUCUAUUACAGUGAUAGACCGUUAGAAUAGGCUGUGGUUUAGUAAAGGCCUGUUACCGUGACAGACCAUUAGAAUAGGCUGUGGUUUAGUAAAGGCCUGUUACCGUGACAGACCAUUAGAAUAGGCUGUGGUUUAGUAAAGGCCUGUUACCGUGACAGACCAUUAGAAUAGGUUGUGGUUUAGUAAAGGCCUGUUAGUGACAGACCAUUAGAAUAGGUUGUGGUUUAGUAAAGGCCUGUUACAGUUAUAGACCAUUAGAAUAGGCUGUGGUUUAGUAAAGGUCUAUUACACUGAUAGACCGUUGGAAUAGGCUGUGGUUUAGUAAAGGCCUGUUACCGUCUCAGACCAGUAGAAUAGGCUGUGGUUUAGUAAAGGCCUAUUACAGUUAGACUGUUAGAAUAGGCUGUGGUUUAGUAAAAGUCUGUUACAGUGAUAGACCGUUGGAAUAGGCUGUGGUUUAGUAAAGGCCUGUUACCGUGACAGACCAUUAGAAUAGGCUGUGGUUUAGUAAAGGCCUGUUACCGUGACAGACCAUUAGAAUAGGCUGUGGUUUAGUAAAGGCCUGUUACCGUCUCAGACCAUUAGAAUAGGCUGUGGUUUAGUAAAGGCCUGUUACAGUUGGAAUAGGCUGUGGUUUAGUGAAGGUCUGUUACAGUGACAGACCGUUAGAAUAGGCAGUGGUUUAGUAAAGUCCUGUUACAGUUAUAGACCGUUGGAAUAGGCUGUGGUUUAGUAAAGGUCUAUUACAGUGAUAGGCCAGUGGAAUAGGCUGUGGUUUAGUAAAGGCCUGUUACAGUUAUAGACCAUUAGAAUAGGCAGUGGUUUAGUAAAAGUCUGUUACAGUGAUAGACCGUUACAAUAUGCUGUGGUUUAGUAAAGGUCUGUUAAAUCUGCAUCUAAUGAAUACGCUGUAUAAAAUGGUUGUCCCAUUUCCCGCAUAUUCUGUUGAGAUCCAAAAAUAAAGAAAUUCAGCCUCCUUGUGUUUCUGCUUUUGGGGCUGUUCAGUGAGUAAAUGGUGAUUUCUUUCCUCCUGACAGGCAGUAUGGGCUCUGGGAAACAUUGCUGGAGACAGCACCGUGUGCAGAGAUUACGUGCUAGAUUGUAACAUUCUGCCUCCUCUGUUACAGUGAGUACAUGGGCCUUAUUAUCUAAUUCAUUGUGUAACUGGACAUAUUCCCUUCAGUGUGUCCUCUGCAUGUGAUGCUACACUACAUGGUGAUUACAGCAAAGAUCUUCAAUUGAUACAAAACUGAAAGAUUAUUCCGCUCUUUCAUCCAAUAUCACGCUGUGAUUACCUUGACGGUAUUAAAACCAGUUUUGGUGGUACCGUAUAUCGUUUGUUUUAUUUUGUACCUUAAAUGCCACACUCUGGUUUUGAAUACAUUUUCAGUUUUGUAUUUGAGAAGUCCCAGUUAUUUUUCACACUGUUUAGUUCAUCUGUCAAAACAUCUUGUCUUAAUGUUUUAAGGCCCUUUUAAAUGCCAUACUUCUUUGAUAUCUGUUUCUCAUGUAUUUUUUAUUUUAAAUAAAGUUUUAUUGAAGCAUUGUAUUGCUGGAUGAGGUGUUCUGCACAGAGGAGACACUACACUCUCUCUUAUGUUUUAUAUUUCCAUUUAUUUGUUUGUUUUGUUUUUUUAUUAUUUUGUUUUCAGAUUACUUUCCAAGCAGAACCGUCUAACAAUGACUCGAAAUGCUGUUUGGGCCUUGUCCAAUCUUUGCCGGGGCAAAAACCCUCCUCCAGAAUUUGCCAAGGUAACAUUUGCAAUCUAAAAUUGUGCUGGUUAAGUUGAAGCUUUAUAUUUCCACAAAAAACUUACCUUUAACCUCAAAAAGUCGAAAUGUGUUUAUUAAAGCACACCUGACAUGCUUAACGUGAGUUGGUGCUUCCUUUAAAGAUCCUUAAAUGUUAAAUGUCAUCAAAACUUGGUACAAGCAGAUUUGUUAUCUAAACAAAAUUGGCAGUUGUCCUUGCAGCUGCUGUGCUGCUCUUUCGUGUUCAAGACUGCAGUCAUGUCGCCCUUUGAGGACAAACUGGAGCGGAGGGACAGAAAUCUAGGCAGUUAAAUAGAAAUUGAGUGGGAGAUAGCUAGAAUUGGUGUAAAAUCUGCAAUAAGCUGGGCCUUGGGACCCCACUGCAGAGGAUGUUUUUUGGGGUUUUUUUUUUUCAAUAUGACAAUUUUUAUUUUGUCUGCGAUCAAACGUCAAAUAGGAGAUACAGAAAAGAAAGGGGGAGAGGGGUUUAAACGUACCUCUUUUUGUCUUUUCAACAGUGACAUAGUUUACACAAAUUGGCAGUACAACAUGUACAAGUUAUGCAUCAAACAUUCUCGGGUUGUAUUCUGCUGUUUGCAGCGUUGUGUAGAGCCUAAUUACUCGCCCGCCAAAAAGGCCAUAUUAACACCUUGAUUAUCUCUGUGUGGGCUCAGUAUGCUGCUUGCAGUGUUCAAGUUGUGUGGAAUGUUUUGUAGUACCAUUUUAUUACAGAGGAUGUUUAGCAACUUUUUCUGCAUUGCAAAAUACCAUUUAUAACUAUAGUAACUGCUCUGUUCUGGGAAAGUCAAUCUUCAAUAGAAAUGUUGCAUUCAUUGAUCAGAGAUUGCCACUAGUCACAUUUGGUUUCUGCCAUAUUUUGUCAUCAUUCCAGGUAACAUUUCUUGUAGAACUGCUUUCUUCACUUAGCUUUAUGUAGAUUAGUUAUUGCACUCUAUAAAGCUACAUGAAACACUGAGCAGGAAAUGAUGGGAGUAGGUGUUUUAGUUAGGUUGACCUGAGUGAGAAGUAGUUCAGACACAAGACUGAAUAAUUCCUUUGCUUGCAGUGAGGCAGUAAAAUCUAUAAAAUGCCAGUUACGUGCAUCGUAAGUCUCAUUGUUUGCUGUGUCCUGCAGGUCUCGCCAUGUCUUACUGUCCUGUCCUGGCUGCUGUUUGUUAAUGACACGGAUGUCCUGGCUGAUGCCUGUUGGGCUCUCUCAUACCUGUCCGAUGGACCAAAUGAUAAGAUCCAGGCUGUCAUUGAUGCAGGAGUUUGCAGGAGAUUGGUGGAACUCUUAAUGUAA